CUGAUCUACUACGCGUCCAGUGCACCCUCCCCGAAGCGUUGUGGGGAAGGGAGCCUCGUGUCACCCCUCCUGUUCCCCACGUAUCAUUGUGCCUUCCUCCUCGCUAAUGCAUGGCCACGCCCACGCCCACGCCCACGCGUUUGUUUCCAUCGCCCUCUCUCUCCGGUCCGGAUGCGACGGUCUUCCCUCCUCCGUCCGUCCUUACAUCCCCGCUGAUUACCGACCGCCGUGAUGAGCCGACGGAUGGCCGAGCCAUCAGAGCAAGCCGAGCGAGCGGAAUCCGCGACUGGAGGCGGGUGGCGCGGGGCGCUCCGCCGGGGGUGGAGAGUGGGGAAGGCGGCGGCCAUCGCGGGCGCGGCCAUCGUAGUCGUCCCUCCCCUCCUCGUCCUCUCCGCCCUCGGCGCCGCCCUCUCCCUCCCCUUCGGCGCCUACCUCGCCUCCCUCGCCUGCACCGACCGCCUCAUGCGCUCCCUCCUCCCUCCACCCCAAUACCAAGAAGACGAGUUUCUUGAAGCCGCGGAGGAGGAGAAACCUCUACAAGGCAUAGAACUAGCUGUCGACAACGAGGCAGGCGAAGAAGAUCAGGAGAACAAAAGAGCCGCAGAGGAGGUCGUCGUCGCGAAAGCGGCGGAGGAAGGCGGGUCGGUAGCGGUGGAGGAAGAAAGAGCAGCCGAGAUCGAGAAAAUGGAUGCGGAAAUAACAGAGAUAGAAGCCAAUGGAACUGGCGGCUCUCCCCGUGCGUCGGUGGCAUCGGGUGUGGCUCCACAAGAUGAGAAUAUUGGAGCUGCCCGCAAAGUGUUUGAGGAAAUGAUUGUGUCGUCGAAAGAAGGGGGAGUGCGAGAGGAGAGAGUAAUCGCGGUGGCGGAUAAUGUAGUAGCAGGGACUGUGGAGCCUUCUGGUGGUGUUGUUGUGGAAUCAGUGGAGAUCGUGGGCGAGAGUGAGCCGCCGGGCUUCAGCUCCGGGUAUGCCUCCGCAGUUGAGGAUCAGUCGGUGGAUACGGCUGAUGUCGAGAGCCGGUCUUCUGUAGAGCAUGCUGGGGCCUUUAUAGCUGCAGAUAUCAUGGUUGCUGUGGAGACGGAGACUGCUGCGUCCUUUGAUGUGGAGGAUUUCUACGACGAGGAGAAACUGUGGGAACAAUUAUCUGCGAUGCGAACAAUUGUGGGCUACAAAGCUGCCCCUUCCUCGUCCCUUGCUGAGGAGAUGAGAGCUAUUUGUCUAUUCACUGGAGUAGAACCACCACCCAUCAGUUCUGGGGAUGUUUCCGACCUGAGGGAGGUCAACCGCAAGCUUCACUUCUUGAAGUCUGUCAUCGGAGUUAAAUGAUGUUUGCAUGACGUGAUCAUUAUACGACAAAAAUUUCCUCCAAAGAGGGUUUUGUGCAGCAAAACAGAUUAUCCAGCUGGUUUUAUGCUGUUUUGUGAUUUCAACUUGCGUUAACUUGCGUGGUUCUAGGGCUUGUUUUCUUGCGAUUUUGGUGGAGAUUUUGAUAGCAUGUGCAUAAAAUACAUCGAGUCAAUAUUUUCCAGUAAUGUACUGGGAGGGAAAAUAUAGCUUUGUAGAAUAUGUUGUAAUGAGCUGUUUCCAGCAACACUCGCUACUACUUUUCUUCCUUUUUUUUUUCUUUUUUUUUCUUUUUUUCCGUGAACAAGAUCUUGUUGAAGCUUACGUUGAAGGUAGGUUACUGAUUUUGUUUGCCCAUUAGCCCAUUAUAUCAGUGUAUGGUGAGAAAAGUAUAAUCGCUAUUGGUAAAAGGAUAAAUUUUUCUGGUCCUUUGGAACGAUAGAAUCUAAAGAUGUGAAGAAUUGGUGUGUGUA